AUGGAAAGGGAGAGAGAAGCUCUUCUAACCUUCAAAAAUGGCCUCAUCGAUGAGGAUGGGAUUCUCUUGUCGUGGCAAAGUGACGAAUGCUGUGAAUGGUAUGGUGUUGAGUGCAACAACACCACUCGCCAUGUCAUCACACUCCAACUUGAUGAUGCAAAUUUGAGGGGUAAGAUUGGCUCUUCGUUGCUUGAGUUGCAUCAUUUAAAUUAUCUUGAUCUCAGUCGGAAUGAUUUUGGAGGCAUUCUAAUCCCGGAAUUCAUUGGUUCCAUGAAACAGUUGCAACACUUGUAUCUUAGGAGUUCUAACUUUUCUGGGAUCGUUCCUCCUCAGAUAGGGAACCUUACCAACCUGCGCUCACUUGACCUCUCGUAUAACUCUUUGAGAACUGAGAAUCUUGAUUGGCUUUCAACUCUCUCUUUGUUGUCUUCUCUUGAUCUCAGUCAAAUCAAUUUGAGCCAUACCAACUGGUUAAACCAAAUCCUAAAUCUUCAAUUUCUGCAUGAAUUGCAUUUGGUAUCAUGUAACAUAAGUGUUGGCAAGCCUUCUCUUAACUCUUCUUCUUCUUCAACAUCUCUUUCUAUACUUGGUUCUGUAUUGGAAUCACUCGAAAUACUGGACUUGUCUUUAAAUCAACUCAAUGGAUCGAUGCCCGACCUGAGAGCAUUUUCUUUAUUGACACAACUAAACCUUUCGGCUAAUAACCUCACAGGCUCCAUUCCUCUAAGUAUAGGCCAACUCUCCAAGCUUCAACUUCUAGAUCUUUCUCAUAAUUCUUUGGAAGGUUUAGUCUUUGAAUCCCACUUCAUCAAGCUUGAUAAGUUAAAGACACUUGAUUUAUCCUUCAAUUCAUUGAUCUUUGAUAUUCCCCUUGAUUGGAGCCCUCCUUUUCACUUGAAAACUAUAUCUUUAGCCAGGUGCAAUGUGGGUCCAUAUUUUCCAAAAUGGAUCCAAUUUCAGAGGAAUUUGUCAUAUCUUGAUCUUAGUAGUGCCAAUAUAACAGAUGAAGCCCCAAAGUGGUUGUGGCAUUCGUCUUCUUUUUUACGAUACUUAUAUCUCUACGACAAUAAAAUAAGUGGUACAGUUCCGAAUUUAUCGUCCACCUCCAUCGAGUUAAUGGAUAUUAGUUACAAUCAUUUCUCAGGUUCUAUACCAUUAUUUCCUGCCAAUGCUUAUGGUAUUUACUUGAGUGGAAAUAUGUUCACCGGUUCGAUUUCAUCUAUUUGCAACACUCACCACCUUCAACUUAGAUAUCUCCUUAUCGCACAUAAUAAGUUGUCAGGAGAUGUUCCUAACUGUUGGGAGAAUAUGCCCAACUUGCACACUCUCCAUCUUGUUAACAACAGUUUUUCGGGUGAAAUUCCUGCCUCUUUUGGCAAUUUAAAAAACUUAGUUGCCCUGAAAAUGAAUGACAACAAUUUAUCUGGUGAAUUGCCUUACAGUUUGAGACAUUGCCAGGAAUUGAGAUUCAUUCAUGUUGGAGGCAACAAUUUAAAUGGAGAGAUCCCCGCUUGGAUUGGCCAAAUGUAUAAAAUGCAAUUUCUAAUCCUUCGUGGUAAUAAAUUGCAUGGCAGUAUUCCUCUCGAGAUAUGCCAUCUGACUAAUAUUCAUGUUUUGGAUUUGUCUAUAAACAACCUUUCUUCGAUAAUACCUGAUUGCCUUAACAAUUUGACCACAUUGGCUAGUAAGAAUGCUUCAUAUUUUGGUCUAGGUUGUUCUGGUUCAAUAUACUUUGGAUAUUCAUCAUUUUAUUGGAAAGGUCAAGAAUUGAAAUACAAGAGAAAUCUCGGGUUACUAAAACUCAUGGACUUUUCAAGCAAUAGAUUGAUCGGCAACAUUCCAAAAUCAUUUGCCAAUAUGAGGGGAUUAAAAUCCUUGAAUCUAUCAAGAAAUAGUUUGACAGGACAUAUAAUUCCUGAUAUUGGCCAAAUGGAGAUGCUAGAUUCUCUUGAUCUAUCACACAACCAACUCUCUGGCAAGAUACCUACAAGUUUGGUAGAAAUAUACUCUAUUGGUUUUCUUGAUUUGUCGAACAACAAUUUAUCCGGAAAAAUCCCAACGAGCACUCAACUUCAGAGCUUCGAUGCAUCAUCUUAUGCUCAUAAUCAUGAACUUUGUGGUGACCCUCUCCCAAAGUGCCCUGAAGAUAGCUUGAGGCCAUCCACCACAAAUCCGGGGGUAAACAUGAAUGAGAAAGACGGCAACAACUUCUCAUUUAUGGAAGAAGUUGGCAUAUCAAUGGGCUUUGGUUUUAUCUUUGGAUUUUGGGGAGUUGUUGGUUCAUUCAUAUUGAAGAAAUCAUGGAGAAUUGCAUUCUUCAAAUUGUUGGAUGUGGUUGGAGAUUGGUUCUACGUUAGGAUUGUUGUGUUUGUAUCCAAAUGGAGAUCAAACUAA